GGACCCGGGGAUUUCUUCCACUGACUAGGGGUUUGCUUCCUAAGCUGCCGAUAUUUGAUUCUUCUCUCACCCCAGCAACAAAUGAUCAGAUGAAGUUACAGAUGACACGGCCAAAGUCAAAACAGUGCAUGAACUGAUGAGAAACAUCAUUGUCUUCUGAGAACAUAAGCUUCCUAGUUGCUGGAAAUCCUAAGUAUGACUUUACUACAAAAGAGACCCUGACCUUAUGUGAUCAUUGAGCAGAGUUUGCAAGAAUGGAAAAGGAAAGGACCCUGCUAGCUGCAUCUCAUAAAUAAAAAUUUCCAAGAUUCAGCUGAAUUGAAAAAUUAUUCCAGCCAUGGGAGAAAAUGCAAGUUUUUGGGAAAGUUUGAUAUAUGCACAUCCUACAUGUACCACCUGGAAGCAGGAGGCAGAAGGAUCUAUCUACCACCUAGCUAGUAUUCUCUUUGUUGUGGGCUUCAUGGGUGGAAGUGGAUUCUUUGGGCUUCUCUAUGUCUUCAGCUUGCUUGGAUUGGGCUUUCUCUGCUCUUCUGUUUGGGCUUGGCUGGAUGUCUGUGCUGCUGAUAUAUUCUCCUGGAAUUUUAUACUGUUUGCUAUAUGCUUCGUCCAGUUCAUUUACGUUACCUACCAAGUUCGGAGUGUUUCCUUUGACAGAGAAUUCCAGGAACUCUACAGCGCUCUCUUCCAGCCUCUGGGAAUUUCCUUGACUGUCUACAGAAAGAUCGUCUUGUGCUGCGAUGCAGAAGUGGUUACCCUGGAGAAGGAACACUGUUACGCCAUGCAGGGCAAAACACCUAUUGAUAAACUGUCCUUGCUUGUGUCAGGCAGGAUCAGAGUGACAGUUGAUGGGGAGUUUCUGCAUUAUAUUUUUCCUCUUCAAUUUUUGGAUUCUCCUGAAUGGGAUUCACUGAGGCCCACAGAAGAGGGAAUUUUCCAGGUAACACUUACAGCAGAGACAGAUUGUCGGUAUGUGGCCUGGAGGAGAAAGAAGCUGUAUCUGCUGUUUGCUAAACACCGUUUCAUCUCCCGCCUCUUCUCAAUUUUAAUUGGGAGUGACAUUGCUGAAAAACUGUAUGCCUUGAAUGACAGAGUGCAUGUGGGGAAAGGCUUUAGGUAUGACAUUCGGUUACCAAACUUCUAUCAUGUUUCAUUGCCGGAGACCCCUCCAGUGCAGCUCUCCCACCACCUCCAGAGAGGGUCCCCCCGGCGCAAGCCCAUGGGGGUUACAAACUGCAGCUCCUUCAGCACACAGUCCUAGGAAGGAAAACUCUGCUGCAGCCAUUCCCCAGAGCAAUGAAGGGAAAAUGCAAAGUGGUGAAGCAGAGGAGCAGAAAGAUGGAGCAGAAUGAGACCCAGUCAAGCCAAAUUUGACUGAUAAGUGCCAUUUACUUUCAUUGGAGUAGCUUGAAUUCUUCUUCUCUCUAGAGCCAGCGGGUUGGCUUCUGCAUUUUGACUGUUUGUGCAAUAUGUUUAGCUUCUGUUGUUUCGUUUGUUGAUCUUCAUCUCCUUACUUUUGGAGGAAAACGAAUCAUAACAGGCUGAAGUUUUAUUGUAAUUGUGGUAGUCUCUGUAUUGUAUUUUUUAAAAAAACCCAGACCCAUGGUAUUUGUAAUCAUACUUUCUCAAAAUGAUUUGCCAUAACUAACUAUAGUCAAUAUAGUCAAUGAAAACAAGUAAGUUGUCUUCAGAAUACAGCAACUUGUUUGUAACAUUCAUAUUUAUGCCACAUGAACAUUGUUGCUAUUAACAUGAAGAAUAAUGCAGAAAAAGACUAAGAGACCAAUUGUAUGGGUUUGGGUUUUUA